GAAGCUUCAUAGAAAUGACAAGUGUAUAUGUGGGUGUGCCUUUGCAAUAAUAUAUUAUUAAUAAUUAAUAUUACUAGGGGUAUAUAUAAAAUGAGUAAGGAAGAAACAUAAUAAUAAUCCCAACCCAUGCAACUAUCAGACGUACAUUCCUGCUUCGAUCACAUCCUACAGUUUCUAAUUAAGCUUAGAGUAAAAAGAAAUCAAACUUUUUAUAGCUCACAGUCAAUGGCUAACAAUGAGGUCAUUCUAAGUACUUUUGAAUCAGAAUUUAAUGUUUAUCUAGAGUCCAUUCGUCAACAUCUUCUAGAAGAUGAAUUCGAGACUGAUUAUAGUUAUGGCCCUAAUUUAUCCUCAGCCCCUGAUGAUCAUAUCGUUACCAAGCUACAAUAUAAUAAUUAUCAAAGUAGUCAAAGUCAUGAACUACAUCAUCAGCAAUGUGAUGACGUCGGAGCCGUCGUGUGGCCUAGUUCGACAGCUGAAAAUAAUCAAACUCGGGAAGCGGACGCGGCGAUGGGCGCAGCAGCUGAUUGGAGAAUGGAGACAGUUGAGCGUGGGGCUGACCCGCCAAUAAGAGGAUGGGCGCGUUUUAGGGGAGUGAGGCGGCGGCCAUGGGGGAAGUUCGCGGCAGAGAUAAGGGACCCGAAGAAGAAUGGAACGAGGGUGUGGCUUGGAACGUACGAGAAACCUGAGGAUGCCGCCUUGGCUUAUGACAAAGCCGCCUUCAAGAUGCGUGGCUCGAAAGCCAAGUUGAAUUUUCCGCACCUCAUUGGCUCGGGUGGGCCCGAGCCAGUGAGGGUGCUACCGAAGCGCCGGUUGCGGGAGGAUUUGAUGAAGUCUGGUUCUGCUUCUUCUAUGAUGGAUGACGGCUUGUUGAAGCCAAAGCAAGGGCGAGAUGGUGGCUCAGUGGCUCAAGCCGAAUCAAAAGUGGAAGCUCCGUUUGAGGUUUUUCAGUUGGGCCCACCGAGUGACCAUUGGAGAAAUGAUUGUAAUCCGGUGUUCUCUGGUGCACCUAAAAAUUUUUCUACUUCUUAUUUCGAUUACCAAAACUUAGUGUAAUCAAUUUUUUAUCAUUGAAAGAUAAACUGUUUGAAAAUUUUAUAGUGCACUUCCUAAAUAUAAAUGGUUGAUUC